UAAUUCAUCCUGCUAGUUGAACAUGAAAUAUUAUAUUGUUAUUUUAUUAUUUAUCUGCCAUGUUACCGAAGCUUUCGAGGAAACUCAAACGUUAAGUACUUUGGAUAUGGACCAACUCUUGCCAAACGAAACAAGUGAAUUCAUCCCUGAAGAUUACCUAAAAAAUAUGAAACCUCCUACUCUAUUUGGAGAACCUAUGGAAGUUGGUUUUAGUAUGCGAAUUUAUGUUAUAAGUUCUAUUGAUGUGAACAGCAUGGAAUUUAGCAUAGAUAUGUACGUUAAACAAGAAUGGCAAGAUACUAGAAUUACUAUUCCAGAUGAAAUAUACGAGUCUGAUCGAGACGCGGUACAUUUGUCAUCGAGAAUAUUCCAGAAUUUAUGGCAACCAGAUUUGUACUUCUUAAACUCUAGAACUGAAGACAAGCCGACUAUGGCUCACAAAUACGCAUCAGUUGUUUUGUUUAAAAAUAAAACCAUAAGAUAUUUACAAAAAGUGCAUGCUGUUGUAGCUUGUCAAAUGGAGUUUUCUAAUUUUCCCAUGGAUACUCAGAUCUGUCCUAUAUCAGUUGAAAGUUUUGCCCACACCAAUAACUUAAUGAAGUUAAAAUGGAUAGGGCAUGGAGUUUCUCUUAAUCCUGAAAUUAAACAUCAACAAUAUAGGAUAUUGCCAGUGAAUUUUAAAGAAAGCGAUGAAUACACUACAGAAAAAAACGGAAACUUUUCCAGACUAAUCGUGUAUUUCGCUUUUGAAAGACAUAUCGGCCAUCACCUGAUUCAGAUUUACGCUCCCUCAACUUUAAUAGUGGCUCUUUCCUGGUUCAGUUUCUGGUUAGAUUUUGAUGCUAUACCUGGUAGAGUGACUUUACUAGUAACGUGCCAGCUGUCUUUGGUCACUAUGUUUUCAGAUCUUCGCGAUGAAACCCCACCAGUGGAUUACAUAAAGGCGUUAGAUAUAUGGAUGGCAGGUUGCAUGAUAUCUGUGUUUGGAGCAGUUGCAGAGUUUGUCAUAGCUAAAGUGUUUUUUGGAAAAUACAACGACCACAAGAAAAAGGAACAGGAGCAAAAAAUACAAGAUGUAAGGGUUUCCAUAGCAAGUGAAUUUACGGAUCCAAAUUCUUCACAAUAUAAAAACGACUUUUGUUACAAUACAACCAAACAAAAAUCUCUACAUCUUUACUGGAUCACUGGCGAGGGAAAAGAGAAAGUUUUAUGGAAAGAGCUGGAUCGCACUUCACGAUAUUUUUUCCCUCUUGUUUUCUUUGUUUUUGCUACUAUUUACUGGACCAUGAUGAUUUAUGGAAGAGAACAUUUUAGAAGACUACAAGAUUUUAUUUAACGAAACUUUGUUGAGUAUUUGAUAAAUACUAUUUAAAUAAAUUAAUUGUAUAUACAAAGUA